AAGCCUGAUGGUGCUGCCAUAAGUAACAGAAAACAACAGAGACGCUAAAAGAGCGGUUUUGUAUCUGAACUGCAGCCAUGAGGACACCAGACCAGCUGUAGGAGACGUGGGAAACGAUACAAGCUUGUUAUCAGCUCUGUGUCUGACAGAAAGGGUUGGGCUUGUGGAGAACGGGAAGAAGACCGGCUUUGGUGGUGCAUAUCAAGGAGAUAAAUUCCAUCAAUGAAGACAUCUGGUAUGGCAGAAUUCAAGCAACAGAAUGUGGAUGAUUUCUAUGAAAUUGGAGAAGCACUAGGAAGUGGGCAAUUUGCAAUUGUCAAACACUGUAUAGAGAAGAGUACAGGGAAUAAAUAUGCAGCCAAGUUUAUCAAGAAGCGCCAGAGUCGAGCCAGCAGACGUGGUGUAAGGAGAGAGGAAAUCGAGAGGGAAGUGGACAUCCUGCAGCAGCUACAUCACCCCAACAUUGUAGAGCUACAUGAUGUGUUUGAGAACCGCACAGACGUGGUGCUCAUCCUCGAACUGGUGUCUGGAGGAGAGCUGUUCGAUUUCUUGGCGCAGAAGGAGUCUCUCAGUGAAGAGGAGGCCACUCAGUUUAUCAAACAGAUCCUAGAUGGAGUCCAGUACCUCCACUCCAAAAGAAUCUCACAUUUUGAUCUGAAGCCUGAAAAUAUAAUGCUGCUGGACAGGAAUGUUCCUCUACCCCGCAUCAAGAUCAUAGACUUUGGACUGGCUCACAAAAUGGAAGCUGGGGCAGAUUUCAAAAACAUUUUUGGAACCCCUGAAUUUGUUGCUCCAGAGAUAGUCAACUAUGAGCCACUGGGAUUGGAGGCAGACAUGUGGAGCAUUGGAGUCAUCACAUAUAUACUUUUGAGUGGCGCUUCACCUUUCCUCGGUGACACGAAGCAGGAGACGCUGGGAAACAUCUCGGCAGUGAACUACGAGUUUGACGAAGAGUUCUUUAGUAAUACAAGUGAGCUGGCCAAGAACUUCAUCAGGCAGCUCCUGGAGAAGGACACGAGAAAACGGAUGACCAUACAUGAGGCCCUCAACCAUCCUUGGAUUAAGUCCUGUGACUACAUGGAAGAAGAUAGCACUGCCCCUGAGGCUGAGAAGAAAGCAGAGCAGCUGAAGACGAAGCGUCUAAAGGAGUACACCAUCCAGUCUCACUCCAGUGUGGCCCAGAACAACACAUAUGCCAACUUUGAGCGUUUUGCUCAUGUGGUGGAGGAUGUCAGUCUGAUGGAGACGGGGCUUUCAGAGGUGGCAAGAGCCCACCACGCUCUGCAGGGGGACAUAGAAGCACUGCUCUCCAUCUACAACGACAAGGAGGCCUGGUACAAGGAGGAGAGCGAGACUGCGAGGAAGCAGCUGUCCCAGAUCCACUACGACUUCCAUAAAGUGGAGGCCACAAGGAGGCUGCUGCAGGAGGACGUGAAGGCUAUAGAUGCCAGUCUGGAGAGCGUCAGUGGGAAGUACAGCCAGAGGCAGAGUCAGCUGGACGCUCUGAGGCAGGAGCUGAACUCUGAGCUGCAGUGGCUGCAGGAGGUGAUGAGCUCUCUGCAGCUGGAUGGUGCCAACAGCAGCAUCCACAGCAGCAGUUUGAAUACGGAAGUGAAGUAGGGGCUGACGGAGCUGCUGCAUCAGUCCUGCAGGAGGGAACUGUGCCCUGAGGCCAAACAGCCACUCACAGAGUCUGGCUAACAUACAGAAAUUAAGACACACUUUUAUUGACCUUAAAAAGCUAACAGAGUUUUUGAAAAUAUUUAAAUUCAACAAAAACCUUUCAAUGUAUAGCUUUGUACCUUUUCUUUAUUUCUAUUUUACUUUUGUGUGAACUCUGUACGAUACUUUUCAGUUAAAGUAAUAGGAAUUUGCGGAAAUCCACAUUUUGCAUACUUACAGAGAGUUAAAUGAUAUUUCUGUUAUAUCUAACAAACAGAUAUGAGAGUGGCGUCUAUCUUCUCAUCUAACUCUGGGCAAGAAAGCAAAUAAGCAUACUUCCUUUUCCUAUUUAUGCACUUUUCCUGUUUGAUUAAGCGGGUUUGGUUUCUUUUUUAUUUUGACAAGUAAUGAUAAUGAUGAUGAUUAGAAAUGUUUUUACUCUGUUAUGGAUAGAAGAAGGAUAAAACAGCAAUUCUUUUCAAUGGGAUGUAUAAGAAGUUAACAAUUUUUUUAUUGAUUUAUUUUUUCAUUCCAUUCUAAUUUUUUAGACUGUAUAUUGAUUUUUUUUUCUAGUGGUUAAUUGUAAAGUUAUGUGUCUAGUCAUAAAUGUUUUUUGUUUCAGAUUAUUUUUCAUAGAUUUAAAUAUGCACUUUUACUUAAGGUUGUAUUUAUUUAUUUAUUUUAAAAACCUUUCUUAUUUCUUUCUUGGAGAUGUUCUAUGAGCCGACAGGAAAAACAACAUCUAUGAUAAAACUGUUUGUUUUAAAAUGUGUCACAUCCUUAUCAGUGGUUUUAGCUUUUCAUCAGAUAUACACACUUCAUGCAUUUGCUGUGCACACUGACAUUUUUCACUGUUGUCUACACACUGAAAUAAAGGUUCAUCAUUU